CGUCGCCACUCCAUCACUGGGCAACGGCAACAUCGAGAUCGCGGUGGAGCGUAGCGGGAUAAUGGUAAUUCCGUCUCCUCCUGGCAUCGUUGUGUGGAAGGAAAGAAAGGCACCCACCCACGAGGCGGGACAGAGGGAGGGAGUGAGGAAUUACGUUACCAAGCAUCAAUCCUCAUCAACUGGACUGUGUUGCUAUUCUUUUUCUGCCUGCUGUUAUUACCGAUGCUGCUGCUGUAGCAUUAGGUUGUCAUUUUCUGGACUCUUUUGAGUUGGUCAAGGUGGGUUUUAUCAGGCCGGUAGUGUUGUCAUCGAGCUUUGAUAGUGAUGACCACCACAUUGCUUCGGAUGGUGAGGUGUGGAUUUCCUGUGACCAAGUGAGUUUGGUUUAGUAGAUGGGUAGAAGCAGAGACCGAAACGUUAGUUUGGUUUGGUUGGUGUGGGUGGGACGAGGGAAGGAAACAGAAGAGGUGUCGAUGAGGGGGGCGGGCUAUUUUUACCGUGAUGGAAAGUGUGUGAUGCAUGUGUUCUGGUUCAGGUUGGAGCAAGGGCAGUCGGCAAGCGUAUUGUGAAGAAGUGUGGGUGGGUGGGUGGGUGGCUCCAUCGUAUCUCUGGAAAUAGGUGUCGUUGACAGAGUCUUAAGUGUGAGAGUGCAGAGGACGGAAGAGUAAAUUUUAGGCUCUGGGGUUGUGGAGAUUUAAGGGUAUUGGUAUUUUGGUGAAUUUUUCCUAGGCUUUGGAGUAGCAGUAGAGAUUUCUAAGGUGCGAAAGAGGAGGAAGGCGUACUAGGUGUUGGUGGAUCGGAGUCGUUGAGCUGGGCGUCCGAGUGUUUUCAUUGGGAUGUGUAGCAAGCAGCUCUGGAUUCUCUGUCUCGCGUCUCUGCCCUUCUUGUUUCCCUCUGGCCUCAUUUGCAUCCCCUGCAGUUUGCGAUAUAACCUAUGUGAUCAAAUGUUCUGACUGGCACUUAGUGUUUUCGCAAUACCAUCCGUGAGAGUCGCAGCAGCACGAGCGCCUCGAGAUUAGUAUUAAUGUUCACGCUCCUCAGGACAUCAAAACCCUAAAUCACAGAAUGGGAACGAAGUGGUGCUGCAGCGGGUUUCAGGAGCCUGAAACUAGAGUGUAUGCGGAUCCCGAUCCCCCUGAGAUGACUGAUGUUCGUCGAUUUGUCGAGGAGAGUAGCUUAAACGUCGAAGUUGGAGCAGAAAUGGAACCUGUGGCAGACACAUUUCGUGGAGUUGAGAACUUAGAUGGUGUCUUCAAUUGGGAAGGACCGGAUGGGUCUUCAGAUAAGAAGCUACCCCAGAACGAAUGGAGGCAUCAUUUGAAGCUUAUUGAGAAUCAUGGAAAGGACCACACAGUAAGAGCGAGACUUGUUCUUAAGGAUGCAGAACCAGACUGGGUCAACAGCAGUGGCGAGCCACAACGGAAAAGAUUAUUUAGCUUCAUUUGGAAAAUACUGCCUCAGAAAACGAUGAACAAAAACGCGGUAGAGCUUGUGGACUUUGCAAGAGAUUUAGGUAAUGAAGACUGCACUCGGGAAGCACCUUAACAUCAUGUAGCCUUUGAAAUAUUGCAUCAAUCCAAGUUUCACUUACAGUGAAGGUCUUCGAAAAUCAUGGCUUCUUGCUGACGUGCCCGCACACAUCAAGAGUAUUUCCAUCCUAGAGACUUGUUCCACCAGAAGAGCCACGGGUUAAUAUGGCUGUUCAGACAACGAACUGCAGCUGUGUGCUGCACAGGUGCUUCUAACAUCGCCCACAGACAAGUGCCCAAUGCUGGAGUAUAUUAUUGCUCCUAAGGGUAUGAAGUAUGAAGAUGGAGGUUAUUGUGCCUUGCGCUCUCGAAGGAGAUAGCUGUGCCUUCUGGUCACACCUUGACUUCGAAUGUGCUAUAUUAGCUCUCCCCUUCGAGCCGGGCGGUAGCAUAUAGGGCUUUGUGCAUAUUCAUGUUUACAUACGCCAGGUUGACAAAUCAUUGCCAAUGAACCAAUCGAUUAGCGUCAGGGGUUUUCAUUUGCCAUAUAUAUCCAUCCUAUCCUUUUAUAAAGUUUUACGUUUCUCCAGAUGAUUUGUGGAGGAUUAUAUCUACAACA